AUGCAUACAUUUAGAUUAUGUAAUCAUCUACCUCCGAAAAUAUUAGGUUACUUCACAUUGUAUCCAGCCUGGUCCCUUGGAAGAACUACCGGUCCCUGCUCACCAAGACUUCCUCUCCUCCCACUUUCUUCCUCCCUCCCCUCGUCCGCCCUUCUUACUUUUCUCUGCACAUCGCCCAUUCGGAGCAAAGUGCUCCCAAGUUCUGUCGGCGGUCUGAGCUCGCUCUCCGAGAUGUCCCGAAGUCCGGUCAUCGCUGUGGCUUGCCUCGCCACCCUCCUCGUCCUCACUUUUUCCGGUGUCGGCGAAAGUGCGGACGACCCAAAACCAGCGGAUCUCAAAGUGGAAGCGCGGCCUGUUUUCAUGCCCGAGGCGGACGCCGACAACUUUUUCAAACGCCGCAGUCGCCGCUCGGUGAGAUACUACGAGCAGCUAGCUGAGCAGAGAAUGCAUCGGGCAAACUCGGAGCGUCGGAGGGAGUACAACGAGGAGCGACGCGACGAGUACGAGAACUACGCCGAAGAGGAUCGCGACGAGCAACGGGAAAGAACGAGGGAGAAAAACGAGCAAGUUCGAGAGUACAACUACGAUGGGCGUUACCCUCGAUACCACUGGUUUCACUGAGCGUGUUCACAGCUCGAGCGAACCGUAUAUUUUAAUAUAGCUUGAAAUGUCCUAAAAACACUCACACGGAGCAUUUAUUUUCUGCAGUGUAUUUCUGUAUUGUUUUUACAUCGUACACUUUCAAAAAAUAAAGGGAACACUCUG